AUGAAAUUUACCAAAAUUUACCUAGUAAUUAGCUUUUUUUCAUUUGUUUUUGCUCAAGAGGUUUUAGAAACCCUCGACUCUUCGUCAAUAACAUCUUCAGACUCUGUUGAAGUUUCCGGCGUUAACACCAAAUUUAGUUGGUUAUUACUCAACUUAUUAGCCUCUAUCGCAGGUCUGGCAACGACCUGUAUACCAGGUCCAGUCAAAAAACGAGACGAAUUUAAUGACGUAUCUAAUAAUACAGACAUUAUUGUUGGUUCUGAAAAUGUCUUGAAUGUUGCUAGUAAGGCGGCUUGCUUUUUGACAGUGGCAUCAACAAUUUCGACCUCUGCUUCCUUAUUAAUUGCUAUGUAUCAAGCUAUAUUAGAUAAAAAGCCUGAUAAAGGAUGCCAAUUUAAAGAAUUUUUCCACAAUUUAGGAUUUGAAUAUGAAAUCGAUGGAACUGUCGACAAUAAUGAAGAUAGUUCUAUUAGAACUUUGCCUUGGGAUGCUUACAAAAAAACACCUGGGUUUAAAUUGUUCAAAAAUUUUAACUUAAAGGUUGCUCUACAAGUUGAUAAAGUUUUUGAUGAUAAAAACGAUGAUUCUCAAGGUUAUUCUGAUUUCUGUUUCACUGUUUCCUCUCUGAGUCCAACUAGUUUGUUUGCUGACCUUGAUGGUAAAUAUGUUUUUGAAACUUGUGUGACAAAAAAUAUUAUUUACCAAAUUAGUGAUAGUAAAUAUAAUUCUUUGCCUGGAAAAAUUGUCUCUAAAAUCUAUCACAGAUUGAAAAGUAAAAACUUUUCAUUAAUAAAUCCUUCGCGAUUAAUUAAUGAUGUCAAUGGAUUUCUAGGUGACAAAACUGAAGAAUUUCUAACAAAGACUAAAAACCUUUUGCAAUUUGUUGAAGACGGGGUUGCCAAUAAUGGUGAAUGCAAGCGUGGUGAUUUUGUUAUUAAUAAUAAACAAAAUAAGAAGCUUCUUUCAAUGAAAGUAUCCAAAUGUUAA